AUGUUGACGCCCCAUCAGUUGGAUCUUGUAGAGCGCGCCUUUCGCUCGCUGGACACGAAGGGUGAUGGCUUGCUCUCCAUUGAGGAUAUCAUCCGCGUCUUUGACGUCUCAAGGCACCCGCGAGUGAAGGAGGGAGUCAUGGCGCCCUCCGCCGUCAGUGAGAUGCUGACAUACCAAUUUGGUGAGAGUUUGAAAGAGCAAAAUGGCGUCACGUUUGACGUCUUCAUGCGCUUUCAUGAGAGGAUGGCUGCGGAGGCCGAGAGCGAGCGUGUUUCCGACCAGGAGGACUUCUUGACUGCCACCAUCGAGGGUGUGUGGCGCCUGGGCAACCUGCUCGAGCCCACGUUUAUUCGCCCCGUCAUUCCCGUUGAAGGGUUCCCCAGCGGCAUCUACGCCACGCAGCUUAUGUCGCUAGUGUGGCCGGAUCCAAGCUCGCCUCCGGGGUCGUACGUGUUGCGUGUGAUUCGUGAUGUAGUGCAACCCCAUUUCUCGCGUGGUGAUUUGCCAUCACAGCUUUGCGGGUUCUUUGCGUACCCAGCGGAGCUGGCGGGUAUGACACUCAUUGAGGUCCCCUCACAAAUAUCAAUGCAGCGCUGGCUGGACUUUGUCUGGGAAUACGCGGAAGGAAAAUAUGCGGUGGUGCCAAGUCUGGUAUCUGCUCUCGUUGAUCUUGAAACCGUCCCAGAGUACCUGCGGGAACUCAUUGUUGAACCUGAGACUGUGAAGCAGCUGCCAUCAGUACGGUUUAUCCCGACACUAAAGGCGUUCAACCCAAUGUACAAACGGACGAGUGACGAAUACGGCUAUGGAGUGCCGGAAGAAGUCAAGCGUAUACAUCACUGGAAGUUUAAGACGUAUGACGGAACGGCGUAUGGACUAAUUUACCACGGCCGCGUGGAGAAAUUCACAAAGAUGCUGUACGGUCAGUCGCAGUCUACGGUGGCAAGCGGCGUAAAUAUUUGA